UGAGCCACUCUCCACUCAACUCGACUCCCCAACCCCUACACUAUUCUCAGUUCCAUUUCCAUACCCACCUCUCUCUCUCCCCCCCUCUCCCCUUCCUUCCUUUACUCUACUCUACUCUACCAAAACCAUUCUCUUUUCCCCACUCUCGCUCGCUAUCUCUCUCUGCAUAUGAAUAUGAUGGUAAAGUAACCGAAAAAAGUAGAGGAACGAAAAGGAAAGUAGAAAUAAUUCCGCCAUGAAUGCUUCCUUGCUUACUUGACACCCAUCUCUUUUUCUCUUUUUGAGUUGGCAUUUAUAGCGUAAACGAUACUGACCGAACAAGCAAACCAGUUGAAGACAUGGUUCAACUCCAGUAUCAAUGACUUCUUAUAUUGCUUUCAUCCAACUCUUUUGGCCCAAUUCGUCCCACAAAAUUUGUCGUUUUCUGUCAUCCGAAUUUUAUUUUUCCCACCAAGGAACAAUACCCAGAUUUGGAAAUCUGCUCUUGAGCUCAAAUGUCGGAGAAACCAUCUGUGCCGGGCCUCGAAGCCAUGCCAGUUUCUGAACUUUUCAAGAAAUUUAAGCGCUUGAGACUGUUUGAGCCGUCCGUGGGUGUUCUCGGAUUUGUCUGUAUUACUGUCUUUGUGAUUUGUUGCUUCUUCUACUUGGAUCACAGAACUGUGGCGAAAGGGUUAAUGUUUCCCGGCCAGUCGGGGAGGUUCAAGUGGUUGCAAUAUAAAGGGUCUGGUAAGGGCCCGAGCGUUGAGUUUCUUGAUAAAAAGGGCGACGGCUGUGACGUAUUUGUGGGGGAUUGGGUGUGGGAUGAGAACUAUCCUUUGUAUCAGUCCAAAGAUUGCAGAUUUCUAGAUGAAGGAUUCCGGUGCUCUGAGAAUGGGAGACCUGAUUUGUUUUACACCAAGUGGAGAUGGCAGCCCAAAUAUUGUAACUUGCCCAGGUUUAAUGCAAAAUUGAUGUUGGAAAAACUGCGAAACAAAAGGCUGGUGUUUGUUGGUGACUCAAUUGGGAGAAACCAAUGGGAGUCUCUCCUCUGCAUGCUCUCAUCUGCAGUUCUUAACAAGGAUUCAAUCUAUGAAGUAAAUGGCAGCCCGAUUACAAAGCACAAGGGAUUCCUGGUGUUCAAGUUUAAGGACUUCAACUGCACUGUGGAGUAUUACAGGUCUCCAUUUCUUGUAUUGCAGAGCAGGCCCCCUGCCAGAGCUCCCCAACAGGUAAGGACAACCUUGAAAUUGGAUCAAAUGGAUUGGAAUCAUGUGACAUGGAGAGAAGCGGAUGUGUUGGUGUUAAACACAGGGCAUUGGUGGAAUUAUGAGAAGACCACAAGAGGGGGCUGUUACUUUCAGGACGGUCCAGUGGUGAAGAUGGAUAUGAAUGUAGAACAUGCAUAUCAGAGGUCCAUAGAGACUGUGUUGCACUGGAUACACACUGAAUUAAAUUCAAGCAAGACCCAGGUUUUCUUUCGCACAUAUGCUCCUGUACAUUUCAGAGGAGGGGAUUGGAGGACUGGGGGAAACUGUCACUUGGAGACACUUCCGGAGCUGGGAUCCUCAUUGGUUCCUUCUGAUACUUGGGCACAUUUCAAACUAGCCAAUGAUAUAUUAUCAGCUCACUUAAACACAUCACGAGUUAUGAGAUUUGAUGUAUUGAAUGUAACUCAUAUGACUGCACGUAGAAAAGAUGGGCAUUCAUCUUUAUAUUAUCUGGGUCCGGAUAUAGGCCCUGCACCUGUCCAUCGCCAGGAUUGCAGUCAUUGGUGUCUACCUGGAGUCCCUGAUACAUGGAAUGAGCUACUCCAUGCACUCCUCCUUAAGCAUGAGGCUAAUCGCUCCUGGAACUCAACAUAGUAUCAGAUGCGUGUAUGACUGGUGAAGAAAACUUCUUAUUUAUAUGUAAAAAGGUGGACGUUUUAUGCAAUGGUAACUCAAGUUUCCAGAAAGAAACAAAAGAACUAAAGAAAACAGACACUUCGACAGUUACAAGAGUUUUGCGGGUCUAAGAUUUUGGAUUUUGAUACGGAGAUCAGAUUACGAGGAGGAUAUCAGAAUUUUAGUUGGAUAAAAGAGUUCCAAUUUAGGGCUCAGAUGGUUGAGCAAUGAUUUCUUCAGACUUGACACUGUAAAGAAACAUUCAGGGUAUUUUCUUUUGCUUUUCUCAGGUGGCAUAAUUCUUUGGGGAAAGAUAUGUAAUUUACAAAAAAUUUGUUCAUAUGUUAUUUACUUGUACCAA